AUGAGGAUGACAAAAAUGGGAGGGUUACUCAAUUCCAGAUAUGGCAGAGGAUGGAUUGAUCACAGAAAAUUAGCUGUAAAUAGCUUUCGCUAUUUUGGAUAUGGCCAAAAGUCUUUUGAAUCUAAAAUCUUAGAAGAAACCAAAUUUUUUACUGAUGUUAUUGAAACAUACAAAGGUAGACCUUUUGACUUUAAACAGUUAAUAACAAAUGCUGUUUCAAACAUAACCAAUCUGAUCAUUUUUGGAGAACGAUUCACUUAUGAAGACACUGAUUUUCAGCACAUGAUUGAGUUAUUUAGUGAAAAUGUGGAACUGGCUGCCAGUGCCUCGGUCUUCCUGUAUAAUGCCUUUCCAUGGAUUGGCAUCUUACCUUUUGGAAAACAUCAACAGCUAUUUAGAAAUGCAGCUGUGGUCUAUGAUUUUCUCUCCAGGCUUAUUGAAAAAGCUUCCAUCAACAGAAAGCCUCAGUCACCUCAGCAUUUUGUCGAUGCUUAUUUAGAUGAGAUGGAUCAAGGUAAAAAUGACCCAUCAUGUACUUUCUCCAAAGAAAACCUCAUUUUUUCCGUGGGUGAACUCAUCAUUGCGGGAACCGAAACUACAACCAAUGUGCUACGGUGGGCAAUUCUUUUCAUGGCCCUUUAUCCCAACAUUCAAGGACAAGUUCAGAAAGAGAUCGAUUUAAUUAUGGGUCCCAUUGGGAAGCCUUGUUGGGAUGACAAAAGCAAAAUGCCUUAUACGGAGGCAGUUCUGCACGAAGUUUUAAGGUUCUGUAAUAUCGUGCCAUUAGGGAUUUUCCACGCAACCUCUGAAGACGCAGUCGUACGUGGUUAUUCCAUUCCUAAAGGCACAACAGUAAUUACCAACCUUUAUUCCGUACACUUUGAUGAAAAGUACUGGAGAAACCCAGAAAUAUUCUCUCCUGAGCGAUUUCUGGACAACAGUGGAUAUUUUGCCAAGAAGGAGGCUUUGGUUCCUUUUUCCCUAGGGAAAAGACAUUGCCUCGGAGAGCAGCUGGCUCGGAUGGAGAUGUUCCUGUUUUUCACAGCAUUGCUCCAGCAGUUUCACUUGCAUUUCCCGCACGGGCUGGUUCCAGAUCUGAAGCCCAGAUUAGGCAUGACAUUGCAACCCCAGCCCUACCUCAUCUGUGCAGAAAGACGCUGAAAGUGCUGGACGUCUUGUGGGAAAAGGUUACCUGGUUGCCUUUUACCCCUGAACCUUAUUUAUCUAAUCAGUGUGUAUGUGUGGAUGAAAAUCACAGCAUCAUAAAGCCAAAGGAACACAGGCAUGUCUUUGAAAAUAGUACUAAAGCAAUAAUAAGCAUUAGCUAUGGUUUUUUCCAAGCUUUCAUGACCUCUAAGGUGGAAUUAUCUGUGGGGAACACAAAGGUGCAAAUGACAGGUGUUGCUUCAGUAAGCCGGGCCAUGGAUGCCCUAAGCAGAGCCUGAGUUUUCAGCCUCUUGUUGAGCACCAGGGACCGCUUUUCCUCUCUUGACUCCAUCUUGCUCCUGUCCUGGGGGCUUUGCUUCCAAAUGCCAACGCCAGUUCCCUUCUGGUAAGAUAUUAUUAAUGCGUAGUGUGAUAGGAGUCCAGUUUAAUAAGAGGACUAAAUAAAUUAGAACCUAAAUAAAUGAGUUUGGAGUACAGAGGUAUUUUAGACAUAGUGGCAGAUAAUAGAAGAAAUAUCUAUGUAUUUAAGAACCUGCCACAGUGCUUUCAAAUCUUGCCCCCUAUUAUGUCUUUGUGAGAAUUACCUUGUUCUUAUUACAGAUGAGGGUCCCUGUGACCCGAGUAUUCAUCCCCAUAGCACCAGUUCAGUAGAAGGAAAUUACAGUAAUGUAAUUAUAAUAAAAAAUGACACUGCAAAAGUAAUCAUUAAUUCUUCAUAGGCACAGACAUUUUUCCUAGUACCACUCUUUUCCUAAACCAAUCACAGGUCUUAAAGAUGGAAUUGUUUUACCUUUUAAAGGUCUCCAGCCAUUUCCUGGGAUUACUGUUAUUUUUCUGAAGAGAAUACUGUACAAAUCCAAAAAACAUGCUUUACAGCCCGGGUAAAUGUAUACAUUGGGACACUUGAGAAUGAUGGGCUUCUAGUAAUAAUGAUGCCAGGAAAAUAAGUGUGAACCAUGACUGUCCUGAUCAAACUGAAAUCCAUGCCAGGUUUGACUAAAAAUUUAGCCUCGGUGACUGGUCUGCGUGAAACAACUACAGGAGAGGCUCUUCUCAAAGAAGAUGAGGAAACACUAAUUCAGAUCAACUUGCUAUGGAAUCAGCUGAGAUGUGUUACAACUGAUAGUGAAAAUACAUGUGGAACAGAAAGCGGCCUGGACAAAUUGUGACUCAUCAGCAGGUACUUUGCACAAGAUACUUGAAUCUAUCAUGUGUUACAAAACUGGUGUUGUCAGUGGUGAACUUCAUUUAUUCUAGGGACUUAACCAUUAUUAGUUUUGUGAAUUUUUGUUAGAAAUAGAAGCUAUCCUGACUUGCUCUACCAAGUCACAAUUCAGUGACUUAGCAGUCACUUUCUAUUGCAAGUUUCUUAGCUCGGGACCAAAAUUGAAAUUUUUCUG